CUUCUUUUCUCUCUCUCUGUGUGUUCACUGCUGUGUGUCAGGUGCAGACACACAGAGCUACAGGGAAACACACACACACACACACACACACACGCGUGCACACACACACACACACAGAGAAGAUAAAAAAGUGAGGGUUAGAGGAAGAGAGGAGGAGCAGGAGGAGGAUAUGGGGCAUCGAUAGACGUGUGAGACGUUUUUCUGUGACAGAAGCUUGUGGGACUCGGAGACGGUGCUGGAGCCAGAACUCGCUGAUGAAGCUGCACUGAACUAGAGACUGAGAGACAGAGAACGAGAGAGAGAGACAGAGAGAGAGAGACCGAGAGAGAGAGACGGAGGGAGAAAGAGGAAGAGAAGGGUUGUGUCUUUCCGGCCUAGAUUAACCUCAGAGAACAGCCACAGCACAGGGAAGGGAACAACCCGUAACUUGCAAAGAAAUGUGAUGGUUCUUAAUAACGAGUCAGCAUAUUUAAACCUCUGCUGAAGAGAAGCUGCAGAUGUGAUUUUCGGGAGCUCCUGAAGCUCCAGACCUGUACCUGAAUCCAUCAGCCAUCAUAUCUGAUCCUCGCUUAAAAUAAAUAAAUUUCACUCAGGUGCUGCAGUGACACAGGAUGGACCUUCUGUUCAUUACCGUGGUCUUCUCGCUGGCUCUCGGACCAGAUGUCACGCUCCUGAAGGCACAGGAGGUAAACACACAGAUGAGCGUGCCGCAGAGUGAACAGAGCACGGUCUACUCACUGCAGUCAGAAACGAGCCCAGUUGUACACCUUCUCAAAACUAAGGAGCACAAGGAGCCCACCACCGAAACGCUAACAACUGAGGGUGAAAAAGUGGAGAGACCAUCAGAAGAACAUACGAUGAGCACAAUGACCACUCAGGAGCUUCUAAUCUCGGCAGAGCCUCUGAUCACUGCACAAUCUACAGCCGUUCUUGUACACAAAACCAUGAAGACAAAUGACCUCUCAACUGCAGCGGAUCCUCCAGGACCUACCACUAACCCCUGGCAGGGGACGAGCACGAUGAACAUCAUCAUCACUGAGUCUCCUCAGACACCAUCACCAUCUCUAAGCAUUCUUCUUCGAAUGUCCAUGAGUACAACUGAAAGUACUGUUGAGGAGGCGGAGACAGCUGACACCUCACCAACAACCACACCACCCAUCACCACACCCCACACCACCACGCCGCCCACCACCACACCGCCCACCACCACGCCCACUACCACCACACCCCAGACCAACAAGGAGUUGACUCUUAGCACCACGCACAACACGGUGAUGACUACCCAUUCUGAGGGGGCUACAAAAGGAGUUUCCUGGCUGAUCAUCGCUGUCAUAGCGCUGGUCAUCUUCUGCAUAUUGACCACUCUGUGUGUCAUGGCCAUCGUUGUCAAGCGCAGGAGGCAAAGUGGCCAGCAGGACUUCAGGAUCGUGAACGGACAGAGGUCCAAGAAGAAGAAAGGCACAGAGGACGAUGUCUGGGCGGGGCCAGUGAAAUUAGGAGGCGGAGAUUGCGAGGGUCAGGAGGAAAUUGACGCACAGGGAGAGCAGAAGAAGACAGACGGAGUGGAGCUGGCGGGGCUCAGCACGUUCUCCACUCUGGAGGAGAAUGGAGGCGUGGGGCGGCCGGGGUCACCUGAGGUGGAGAAGUGGGAGGAGAAAGAACCUCUGCUGUUCAUCGACGAAGAAGGGAAGGAGAAAAAAAAAGAGGUGGGAAAGAGCGAGGAUGCAGACGCUAAAGCAGCAGCGGGAAAGACAGACGCGAAAGAGGCGGAGCCUAACGGAGGAGAAACUUUCUGUCUCACCACCGCUGUGUGAUCUGCUGAGUUUAACACAUUCCAGCUCACACUCACGGAGAGAUCAGAAUAAUCAGAGUGAUGAUAUUAAUAUAUAAUUAUAUAUAUAUAUAUAUAUAAUUAAUAAAUAAUAUCAUCUAGAAUGAUGUAAUAAUGUAAUUAUUAGCUUAUGAUAUCAUAAUAAGAGACAUUUUAAUUUCUUCUUCUUCAAAACUUGAAAAAAAUGUAACUGUAGUGACUUUAUUUAGGACUGAACUGGGCAAGGAGACCCCAAGUGGAAGUGGGUUCUGCUUCACACACACACACACACACACACACACACACACACACACACACACGUCUCAAGUCUUAUAAUUUUUUUAUUUUAUAUUGUUUCUGAAUUUAUAUUUGAAGUCUUCAGAGUCAUUUUUAUAGAUUUUGUUAUUUGGUGGAUGUGACAGAUUAUUUCUUAUUCAUUUUUUAUAUAUACAUUUAUUAUUCUGUAAAAUUACAUCCUAGCAGCUAUAAACAGUUAUAAACCUUAUAAACAGCGUUUUCCUCGCCAGCCUGUCUAUUUUCUCCCUUAUAAUCAAAGAAAAAAACAGCUUGCUGUUACUAAAAACCACAAAGAAGUAAAUUCCUCAGAGUUACAACUUUACAUCUGCAUGUUAAAAGAGACGGCUGUACCUCCGUGUUGUUAGCGUGUUAGCGUGUACCACACACCACUUAUAAAGUAGGUUAUUACCACUCAUAAACACAGCCUUAUUAGUGGUUAGGCUAAGCUAUAUAUGCCUCUGUGUGUGAACUCUGUUAAUGUUUCAACACCUAGAAACCUACAGUCCAUAAAAUGGAUACAGGAGUAAGAACUCAGGGGUCAGAACUCAGGGGUCAGAACUCAGGGGUCAGAACUCAGGAGUCAGAACUCAGGGGUCAGAACUCAGGGGUCAGAACUCAGGGUUUAGAAUUUAGGAGUCAGAUCUCAGGAGCCAGAACUCAGGAGUCAGUACUCAGGAGUCAGAACUCAGGGUUCAGAACUCAGGGGUCAGAUCUCAGGGGUCAGAUCUCAGGGGUCAGAUCUCAAGAUUUCUUUGAAACACCUGUGAAACUGUCAAUCAUUCCAGAUUCCUGCUAAUUGGCUCGUCUCUUUUUUAUUAUAGAGAUUAAGCUCCUCUUUUGGUGCCAAACUGCACAACAGCACACUUCCACGCUAACUCACACAACUUCUACACACAAUGUAUAAAAGUCUGAUACUGUCUGAUACUCAGGAGCACAAAGCCCCGUGGAGGAGCUGCUCAUCCUGUCCGAGUCUCAGGUGGUGUUUUAGGGUUUAAUGGUGCUAUGUUCCACCCUAUGAAGUGAGCUAAACAUUAAAUAAAUAAAUACGUUUCAUUAAGCA